AUGUUCCGUCUAAUAGUUGUUGUUUUGAGUGUUUUGUGUUUUGCUUCGGCAGCACCAGAAAAUAAUUCCGACCGAAUUGUAAAUGGCAGAUCAGCUAGCAUUCUCGAAUACAACUAUCAGGUUUCUAUUCAACAAGACGGAUUUCAUUUCUGUGGCGGAAGCAUUAUCGGUAGAAAAUGGAUCCUAACCGCAGCUCAUUGUUUACGUGAUAUCAUAGCAAAAAAUCAACAGAGUUCUCUUCGAGUUUAUCUUGGUUCUUCAAGUUGGGCUUCUGGUGGUGUUGCCAAGGCAGUAAAAUGGGUGAAAAAUCAUCCAGAUUACAAUGCUAAAACAAUGGAUUUCGAUGUCGGAAUAAUGGAAUUAGACUCCGACAUUAUGUAUAGUAGUAGAAUGAAGCCCGUAAAUAUUUGCAGUAAUACGAUUGCAAUUAAUAGACCUGUCGAUGCAAGCGGAUGGGGUAAAUUGAAUGAAACAUCUGAAAGUCUUCCAACACUUUUAAAUGCGGUAACUAUGAAAUUUGUGCCAACUGCCGAUUGUGCUUCUGGAGCAUACAAUUAUAAAGCUGGAGAAAUUACUGACUCAAUGAUUUGUGCAAUUGGACCUGGCCAAGAUUCAUGCCAAGGAGAUUCUGGUGGCCCGCUCGUAACAGAAGGUACAAAUAAUCAAAUAGGAGUUGUAUCAUGGGGAAAUGGAUGUGCCAAGCCUGGUCUUCCAGGUGUUUACUGUAAACUUGCACAUCCUAAGGUUAUUACGUUUAUCAAAUCAAGUUGUCCAGAAGUGAAUUUCACAACAUGUUAA